CGGAUAAUAUUUCAAAAAAAAGAUCUUUUCUCCCAUAAUUACAAUUCCUGUUAGCAGUUUCUUCUCCACUUGCCGUAAGAAAGACUUCAAAAGCCAACCCGUAACCGAAAAGCACUGGUUAAGCUCUCCAGGCAAAAUAGGCGUUUCUGCAGUUCUAGGGUUUAUUAAAACCCAUCGGAAGGAAACCCACCUAAUUUUAAACAGACCCAAUUUCGCUUUGGCUGGUUCAGGAUGACCAUGACGCAAUUUGCAAUGGUUGAGGAGCUGGCGUUUCUUGUCAAAGACAAUCUUCCUUGCAAGCAUCUUGUUCUCUCCAUGGAAGAAGCUUUGGUUAAUUUUCUUCAGGAUGACACAAGCACAGAUGGGAUCCUGGAACUGGAACCUAUGAAUCCAUACAACCGCCUUCUCUUGCAUCGCCUAGCGGAUAUUUUUGGGUUUGCCCAUGAAUCUGUUGGUGAAGGAGAUGAUCGCCAUCUAGUUUUGGAACGAUGCCCAGAGUCAUCAAUACCAGCCAUCCUUGUUAGUGAUAUUUUGUGGCAGUAUGAUGGUUAUCAGUCUUCAACAACAUCGUGCCAACUACUAAGGCGGGAAGAGACGUUCCCAGCAUUGAAGAAAAAGCCAGCUUCUCUUCAACUGUCACUGGAGGAGAGAGAAGCAGCUUACCUGGCUGCUCGUGAACGAAUCUUUUCAAAAGAUGGCAAUGAAAUAAAGCAAUCUGUCUCACAGAAGCCUCGAAACGUUCCUGUGGUUGCUCGCAGGAUGAUUGCUCAUGCACUGGGCCAGAGGAUUGAUUUAUCCAAUGAUAAGACCACCCUCCUGGGAAGUAUAGAAAAUGAAAAGCAAACCGAGAAAAUUAAAGUCCAUAGAAAUUCAAGGUCUGAAACUUCUCAAGAGGCCAUUCCCCGGUCCAAUCAAUGUUUGACCUCGAGUAGUACUAGGAUGUGUGGUACACCAGUGGGCAGAUGCCCGACUAAUACUACAUCAGAGAAUGAAAAGAUGAUGCAAAAACAGCCAGUUGUUAAACAGUCUGCUAGUGUUAGUGUGCCACAAGCCGGAAACUCUGACAGAGUUGCUUGCCAGGAACAUAUUAAGCGGGAGCAUAUGGGAGCUGCAAGGAGGAUGUUCGCUCAUGCUUUGGGCCUGAAUUCAACCAAGGAGAAUCCUGGUCUUAUGUUGAAGUGCAGCGAAUCUAAGCCAACUGAUAAUGAGUAAUGGUUAAAGUUUUGAACCUAAUAUAUGGUCUAUGCGUUCUCUUGUUCUCAAAACGCUCGAAGAGAGGAACCAAAUGCCCGUGUGAAUAGUGCCUUGACUGUUAACUUUAUUCAUGAUAUCUCUUACUUCAUGGAAUGGAAGGAUAGGAGAGUAAGCCAGUGUCUUCUUAGAUUUUUGGAGGUUUCUCACUCUUCUCAGAACUGUGAAUGCCGAGACGUACAUGUCCCAUGGAAAAUGUGAAACUGCAUUCUGUGGAAGUUAUCAAAAGGGAGCUGGCUGAGAGAUUGCAUGGAAAAGAUGCUCCUUGAACUGAGGUGACUCAGAAAACUAUGAUGUUGUCGAACUGAAGAUUUGAGAGCUGAAUUUUCAUUAGUUUGUUCUGGUGAGAAGAUUGUUCUGGUGCUACAUCCUUUAUCCAACCUCAGGUUCUCUUAAAUUCUGUUGGCAUCUUGUUGAUAAUGGGAUACAUCUCAACUCACAGAGCUGAACUGGGUCAAAUUUGUUCAUUGAUGUUGGGAGAAAUUGAUGCUUACAUGCUGGUUGUUUCUCUUUCAUCACUGGUCGUUUGGAUUCUACUUUUUCAGUUGCCCAUCUUUAAGGUGAUGUACUGGAGUCACAUUGGUGGUACAUAAUAGUAAGGAUAUGAUCACCACAUCCUGGUAUGGCAGGUAGAAAUAUAACUGAAUUAUCUGUGUUCAGAGUCAGAAAAUUUCAAGUUGGUAUUAGUUAUGGACAGGCAUGACCAAUCCUUGUUUUCUUUUGGUUUAUAGAACUUAUGGUGAACGAAGCAAUGUUUAUAAUUGAUUGUUUCAAAGUAA